AUGUUCUUUCUUGCACGUGUGCUUCAACCUCGGUGUUGCUUCUUCUCUCUCUCUCUCACUACCUGUCAGGUAAUGAUCGAGAACGCGAGGAAUCUGCCUCGCAUGGACACCUUCGGCCUCUCCGACCCCUUCUGUGCCGUCACGUGCGGCAAGGGCGUGCGCCACAAGACCAAGGUGAUCAAGAACACGCUCAACCCGACAUGGCACGAAGAGUUUGUUUACAACGUCGAAGACAGCGCGAGGGAGCUCAAGAUCGCCGUGUACGACUGGAGUCUGACCAAGGAGGAGGACUUCAUCGGGCAGGUGACGUUCCCCAUGUCGGAGCUGGUCGCCUCCUCCUACAUCAACGACUGGUUCAAGCUGCGCACCAUGGACCAGCAGGAGGCCAAGGGUGAGAUCCAGCUCAAGAUCAACUUUGUGUCCGAGGAGCAGCGG